AUGAACUGCAGCAACCUUACUAGUGAAAACCAUGCCGUUCAUCUUGCUCAAACAUUCAUUUAUGUACCAGUUUUCUUUACUGGGAUUAUCCUAAAUAUGCUUGCCUUGAGGGUAUUCUGUUGCAGACUGACCAAAUGGACUGAAACCAGAAUAUAUAUGACCAAUUUAGCCAUAACGGACUGUCUAUUUCUCUUCACUUUGCCUUUCAAGCUUGUUUAUAGGACCGAUCAUAUGGACAAAUUAUGCAUAGUUUUGGAGGCUGCAUAUUUUAUUAACCGAUAUAUGAGCAUCUUCCUUAUUACUGUCAUAGCACUUGAUAGAUACAUUGCUGUAAGGUAUCCUCUCCAAGCAAAGAAUGUCAGGUCUCCUUUGAAGUCAGCUCUUGUCUGUGGACUUUUCUGGAUCUUAAUGAUAAGUAUUGUAUGUAUAUCCAAAUAUAUGAAUGAUGAAGAGGACCCAGGAAUUUGCUUUAGAUCAAUUUCCAGAAGACCAUCAGUGCAUUCUUUUGCCAUAGUAAUUUGGGGAUUUCUUAUACCUUUAAUUAUCUUGAGUUUCUGUUCUAUUCAAAUAAUUAAAAAACUCACAAGAAAGAAAAAUGUUGAUCUACAUGAAGAGAAGCUCAUUCAGAAAGCAAUCAAAAUCAUUCUUGCAAAUAUGACCACAUUUAUCAUCUGCUUUUUACCACUUCAUGUCGCAUAUUUCAUUCAGUUCAUAGAGUUCACAGAUGCUAGCUGUGCUAAACGUAAACAAAAUGACCUAUUUUUAAAUGUUGCUGCUAUUCUUGCUAACAUCAACUGCUGCUUGGAUGCAUUUUGUUAUUACUUUGUAAGCAAGGAAUUUCAGGAGGCUUCUAUAGAUCUAAGGACCCAGCAUCAAGUGCCUGAAAAUCAAGACACUGAAAUGGUUUAGUAAAGCCAUGCCUACGUGAAUAAUUCUGAUACCUUCAGACCUGUCUGGAAUCAUCUUCCUUCUAAAAGUUUUGAUUGGAAUUCUCCUUCACUGGUGCCUCAGUUGUUCUUCUUGGUCCUGAUAAAGUACAGUUCAGCCUUCUCCAUUAAGAUAUUCAUAUGAAGACAUGUCCCCAUGUAUACAGCAAUAUACAUUAUAAAUCUCAAGAAAUCUAUUUGAAAUGUUGAUUACUUCCUAGUAUUAUAUCCUCUUCCCCCAAGUGCUUAACUUCAGGAAGGAACACAUGGAGUGUACCAGGCUAGCCAGCCUGAGCAGGCAAAUCAAUCCUGGGAA